GCUCUCAUUGGCUGAGCUGCUUGCCUUAAGCCACGCCCCCUCCGCCCCACGCUCCCAUUGGCCGGGUGGAAGGGAGGCAAUGGCGGCGAUCCGGAGCGUGAAGGGAAUGGUGGCCUUGGUGACCGGUGGUGCCUCAGGAUUGGGACGAGCCACGGUGGAGCGGCUGGUGGAGCAAGGAUCUCGUGUGGUCCUCCUGGAUCUUCCCACUUCAUCGGGGCUCCAGAUGGCCAAGGAGCUUGGAGAACGCUGCGUCUUUGCCCCGGCCAAUGUGACAUCAGCUGAGGAGGUCGGAGCUGCCUUAGACUUGGCCCAGAAGGAAUUUGGUCGCCUGGACCUGGUGGUGAACUGUGCCGGCAUCGGCAUCGCCGUCAAGACCUACAACAGCAAGAAGGACAAAGUGCAUGAGCUGGAGGACUUCCAGACGGUCAUCAACGUGAACCUGGUGGGCACCUUCAACGUCACCCGCCUGAGCUCCCGCUUGAUGAGCCGCAACGAGCCCGAUCCCGAUGGCCACCGGGGCCUGGUGGUCAACACAGCCAGUGUGGCCGCCUUUGAGGGCCAGGUCGGCCAAGCGGCUUACUCGGCUUCCAAAGGUGGGAUUGUGGGAAUGACACUUCCCAUCGCCCGUGACUUGGCUCCUCUCGGCAUCCGUGUGGUCACCAUCGCUCCAGGCUUGUUCUCCACUCCCUUGUUGGCUGCCUUGCCGGAACGCGUUCGGAAUUUUUUGGGACAACAAGUGCCUUUUCCAUCCCGUUUGGGAAACCCUUCGGAAUACGCCCACCUCGUCCAGGCCUUGGCUGAGAACCCCAUGAUUAACGGCGAGGUGGUGAGGUUGGAUGGAGCUCUUCGCAUGCAGCCUUGAGGGCUGGGGCUUCUCCGCAUCCCACAUUCGGGAAUGCUGGAGCUGGGAAGGUUCUCUCCGGAUCACAGAUGUUCCACCUCGGAACACUCCAGGCUGGGAAGAUGGACCCUGCUAGGAUUGGGGAGAUCCCCCAGGAGUGGGGAUGCCUCAUGGAUUUAGGGAUACACUGAAGAUUGAGGGAUACCCUUGCGAUUGAGAAGAGACCCCAUGGAUUUAGGGAUAACAUAUGGACCCAGGGAUGCCCCGUGGAUCCAGGGGCACUCUUGGGAUUUAGGGAUAACCUUGGGAUUCGGUGACAUCCCAUGGAUCCAGGGAUAACCUUGGGAUUUGAGGAUGCCCCAUGGACCCAGGGAUGACCUUUGCAUUUGAGGACCCCCUUGGGAUUUAAGGAUACCUCAUGGAUUCAGGAAUGACCUUGGGACCCAGGAAUGCCCCAUCGAUUCAGAGCUAACCUUGGGAUUUAGGGACAACCCAUGGAUUCAGGGAUAACCUCAGGAUUGAGGGAUGCCCCAUAGAUACGGGGUCCCUCGCCCUGUACCACCCCCCAAUCAAUAAAUCGCUUUCAGCCAC